AUGUCUCCUCCACUAGGUGGUGUCAAAUGUGAAGAUGAUGAUGAAAGUGCCUUUCAAAUUCCCGAUGAUGAUUCCCCAUUUUCUACCUUGCCUCUACCUGAUGUUACGCCGGAUGCUAUUCCAACCGUCUCACGUCCAGGAAUUCCUAAUACCAUCCAUGCUCAGAGUGCCGCUUUAACUCAUCCAGACGGUUAUGUCUGUAGACGCUGUUUUCAAGUCCUGCCUGAUACCAGUGCCUUUGAAUCUCACAACCUCAGGGUACAUACCCUUUUUACCUGCAAAAUUUGCUUCAGGGCUUUUACAGCUAGAAAUAACCUUAAACGCCAUAUUCGCUUGCAUACCGGUGUAAAACCGUACAAAUGUCCCAUCUGCAACCAAGGAUUCACUAGAAAGGAUGACCUGAAGGGCCACGAGCUCAGACACUCUUUCAAGAAACCAUUCAGAUGUAACAUCUGCAAGAAAGGGUAUACUGAUAGGUCAUGUGUAAGGAACCAUAUGGCUAAAGAACAUAACAUGAAGCUUCAACAUGUUUGUCCAAGAUGUGGAGAGGGUUUCAGCAGCUCAGAGAAAUUCACUGAACAUAAGAAGACUCACCCAGAAUUCAAAAAUUACAGAUGCGAGACAUGUGACUUUAUAGGAGUCAAUGGGUUGAUGCACAUAAAGCAUCAGCUGACCCAUCAAGACAAGACCUAUAGCUGCAAACCCUGUAAUAACACCUAUGAUGAUCCCUUUGAAUAUUCUGAACAUCUAAAGAUUCAUAGAGUUGACGAAUCUUUCAAAUCUUACCAGUGCUGUUUUUGCGGAUCAUUAUUUACACCAAGUCUGCUUUUCAAAUGUCAUUCGUCCUUCCAAUGUAUUGAAUGCAGCAAAGUUUUUACAGAUUUUAACCAAUUUGAAACCCAUAGUGCCAUACUCCAUCGCCGAUUUCUCUGCGAAUUUUGUGGAAAGGUCUUUACCGCUAAACCAAACCGAGAUCGCCAUCUACGUUACCAUACUGGUGAGAGACCAUAUAAAUGUGGUCUCUGUGAUGCUUCAUUCUUUAGAGGUGAUGAUCUAAAAUACCAUCGCACUACCAAACACGCCUCAGAGAAGCCGUUUGUCUGCGACGUUUGUGGUUUGAAUUUUGCUUGGCCAAAAGACCUUCAACGACAUCGAAAGCAAAAGAAGCAUUUUAAGAUUUAG